AUGGACUAUCGUUCACCAGCACCUUGUGAGGCCUGGGAAAAUGUCACGAGCACCGUGCACAACUGGCUCUACCGCACAUCGACCGUUCGUUGCGGAUGCGGGACCUGGGACAACGAUCCAAGGACGUGCUUCUCCCGUGCCUUCCUCCCACUCCUCUUUGCAUCGGCCGGUGUCACCCUCCUUGCGGCACCGAAGGAUUUCGAGGACACUGGUGAGUCCUCCGACGAUGAGUCUGAGGUGGACGAGGAGGGUGACCUCCUGGAGCCACCGAAGGAGACGCCCGUGCGCGAGCGGCUCUGGCAUCUGGACUAUGCCCGCAUCAUCUGCGUGGCUUGCACUGUGACGGAGCAUUCUGGAGGGCGGCACUACUCCGACCGGAACCUGGUUUGGGUGCAGCAGUGGGUGUUGCCAUACCUUUAUACGAUCAGCGGUACGGCAUUUAUGCUGUCCAGAAGUGGAUUAUGCCUUUAUGAGUUUCGUCUUUUGCUUGUUUUUCUGGCCGGGACCAUGGCCAACUUGGUUGCUGACAUCGUCUCGGGCCGUGACUGGCGCAACAACGUGGGGAACACCGUCUUUCAGAUGGCAUACAUCCUGGUGCUCAUGGUGCUGAGCUUCCUGCUCGCACCACUGAAAAAGGCUCUGCAAUGGCGUGCGGAAUACCCGACGGCGCCUGCAACCCAUCAUAUUCGGCUCCUGACCGCCCUCUGGGCAGUCCUCGCAGCCGCACCUUUUGUGUACUUUGUCGGAGGCUGGUCUCUUAUCGAUCCGUACCAUGUCCAAGGCAUGCUGAAGAAUGCGAAGCACUCUGGCUUGGAGAGCAUCUUCUACCAGGCGCCGCUAUUUUUCGCGAGGAGCUUCGGCUUUAUCUUCCUAGCUUGGCUGGCUGCCUUCUCUGGCAAGACGGCCUGGGCAGGCUGGAUCUUGAUGGUGGUCAGCUAUGCCGCCCACAUCUUCGUUCCGUUUAGCAAGGGAGGUCACCCACUGAACCUGGACCUCUUCGUGCUCGGCAUGCUGACCUACCAGUGGCCGGUAAAGUUCAAAACGGAGCUGGCCUGGCUGAUGCGCCAGUACUGGCCGCUGAUCUUCGGGGUCCUGCUGAUUCUCAGCACUCCAGAGGUGACUGGGCGAUGUGAUCUGCAUCCCCUGAACACCUGCUGGGAACGCUUUCGCUUCCGUGCUAUCGAGUUUGUGCUCAUUUCUGCACUGAUCACCGACGCCUUGAACACCUCGGAUACCUUUGGCCUCACGAGGUGGCUCAACGUCUGGGCAUUGUAUGCCUACUGCUUCCAUGUGGCCUGGGCGCGGAUGCUCCCUCUGCCCUAUGGGGCUGUGGUGACCUAUGCGAGCAUCCCUUUCUUCUACUUGCUCAACCGAUACGCGAA